CCCCCCAAAAUGAGGAAACAGAGCAACUUGCUCCAAGUUGUGCUGCCGGGGCCACCUCGGGGUGCGCAGCCGGUGCGCUGGGGCCCUCCUGGGGGCGGGCGCGGGGUGCUUCCCAGGGGCGCCCCCUGAACAGGGGAGCCCUCGCUUCCUCCACGCCUGGCACCCCCCACCCAUCUCAGCCAGGAUGCCAUCGAGGCGUUGGGCCCCGGGCACCCAAUGCAUUACCAAGUGUGAGCACAUGCGCCCCAAGCCUGGGGAGCUGGCCUUCCGCAAGGGAGACGUGGUCACCAUUCUGGAGGCCUGUGAGAACAAGAGCUGGUACCGCGCCAAGCACCAUGCCAGCGGGCAGGAGGGACUACUGGCUGCAGGCGCACUUCGGGAGCGGGAGGCCCUCUCAGCAGACCCCAAGCUCAGCCUCAUGCCGUGGUUCCACGGGAAGAUCUCGGGCCAAGAGGCUGUGCAGCAGCUGCAGCCGCCGGAGGACGGGCUCUUCCUGGUGCGAGAGUCCGCGAGGCACCCGGGCGACUACGUGCUGUGCGUGAGCUUCGGCCGUGACGUCAUCCACUACCGCGUGCUGCACCGCGAAGGCCACCUGACCAUCGACGAGGUGGUCUGCUUCUGCAACCUCAUGGAUAUGGUGGAGCAUUACAGCAAGGACAAGGGGGCCAUCUGCACGAAGCUCGUGAAACCCAAGAGGAAGCAGGGCACCAAGUCAGCAGAGGAGGAGCUGGCCAAGGCCGGCUGGUUACUGAACCUGCAGCAUUUGACAUUGGGAGCGCAGAUAGGAGAGGGAGAGUUUGGAGCUGUCCUGCAGGGCGAGUACCUGGGACAGAAGGUGGCGGUGAAGAACAUCAAGUGCGACGUGACGGCCCAGGCCUUCCUGGACGAGACAGCGGUCAUGACGAAGAUGCAGCACAAGAACCUGGUGCGCCUGCUGGGUGUGAUCCUGCACCAGGGCCUCUACAUCGUCAUGGAGCACGUCAGCAAGGGUAACCUGGUGAACUUUCUACGGACGCGGGGCCGGGCCCUUGUGAACACCCCCCAGCUCCUGCAGUUUUCCCUGCACGUGGCCGAGGGCAUGGAAUACCUGGAGAGCAAGAAGCUGGUGCACCGUGACCUGGCUGCCCGCAACAUCCUUGUGUCCGAGGACCUGGUGGCUAAGGUCAGCGACUUUGGCCUGGCCAAAGCUGAGCGCAAGGGGCUGGACUCCAGCCGGCUGCCGGUCAAGUGGACGGCACCCGAAGCUCUCAAACAUGGGAAGUUCUCCAGCAAGUCAGAUGUCUGGAGUUUUGGGGUGCUGCUGUGGGAGGUCUUCUCAUACGGCCGGGCUCCAUACCCCAAGAUGUCGCUGAAGGAGGUGUCAGAGGCCGUGGAGAAGGGGUACCGCAUGGAGCCCCCCGAGGGCUGCCCGGGCCCCAUCCACGCACUCAUGGGCAGCUGCUGGGAGGCAGAGCCUGCUCGUCGGCCACCCUUCCGCAAACUGGCCGAGAAGCUGGCCCGGGAGCUGCGCAGCGCAGGCCCCUCAGCCCCCAAUGGAGGGCAGGAUACAGAUGGUCCCACCUUGACACGCAGCCAGGAGCCCUGACCCUGCCCACGGGGCCUCGGCCCCCGGAGGACUGAAAGUGCGGGGCACAGGGUGGGACGUGGGCCAGGCCUGGAGAGGGGCAAGGCCGGCCAGCUGCCUGCCUCGGUGGUGUCACAGGGGCAGGGCUGCGUGGGGGCUCUGGGCCACCUUGUGGGCACCCCAGCCACAGGGAGGUGAAGGACUGGCACCUAGAUAAAGACUGGUUCCAAGGA